GCAAGGAGAGGGGGAAAAUAAACGUCUCGGCAAAAGGCUUGAACGAAGACUUAUCUAACGGGGUAUUUCUUGGAUUCUGUGGAAAUAUACAUUUACAUUUUUACAGUGAAAGGAACCCUGACCCAGUGGGGUUUUGUAAGAGUGGAGCCUAUGCGUGCAAUCACCAUCCCCUCCCUCUCUCCCCCCGCCCUCCGAUCCCGCAGCCUGCUACUGAGAGACCCCGGUGUGGUGGUGAUUUCUUCGCGUGCGAAGAUGGCAAGCCUGCUCCCUCCCACAGGCACCGAUGUGUUCCGCCGCUUCACCCCAGAAUCGCUGGCGGAGAUUGAAAGGCGCAUCAAGGAGAAGAAGGAGAAGGGAACAGAGGAAGAGGAAGAUGAGCCCAGUGUGCCCACCAGUGACCUGGAGGCCGGCAAGUCUCUGCCCAUGAUCUAUGGAGACCCCCCGCCCGCGAUGCUCAACGACCCUCUCGAGGACCUGGACCCCUUCUUCGAAGCGCAGAAAACUUUUAUUGUCAUCAGCAAAGGGAAUACAAUCUACAGGUUCAACGCUGAACCUGCAUGCUACAUUCUGAGCCCCUUUAACAUUGUUAGGAGAGGAUCAAUAAAAAUUCUCAUACAUUCAUAUUUUAGUAUGAUCAUCAUGAUCACCAUUCUAUCAAACUGUGUGUUCAUGACAAUGAGCAACCCGCCCACUUGGAGUAAAACUGUUGAGUAUGUCUUUACUGGUAUUUAUACCUUUGAGGCGACGGUCAAAGUAUUGUCGAGAGGCUUCUGUAUUGGACCUUUUACAUUCCUCCGAGAUCCAUGGAACUGGCUGGAUUUCAUGGUGAUCAGCAUGGCGUACAUCACUGAGUUUGUCGAUCUUGGCAACGUGUCAGCCCUCAGGACUUUCCGUGUGCUCCGAGCUCUUAAGACAAUCACUGUAAUUCCUGGUUUGAAAACCAUCGUGGGAGCUCUGAUCCAGUCAGUGAAGAAGAUGGUGGAUGUGAUGAUCCUGACCGUAUUUGCCCUUGCUGUCUUUGCCCUCAUCGGGCUGCAGCUCUUCAUGGGCAACCUUAGGCAUAAGUGUGUUCGCUGGCCCAUUUUCACCAAUGACAGCUGGGUGGAUGACUUCAACUCCACCAUGGCCUUCAAUGACACCAUGGCCUUCAACACUACGGCCAACAGCACUAGCACCUUCGACUUCAAUGAAUAUAUCAACAAUGAAGAAAACUACUACUUCUUGGAUGGCAGUUUGGACGCCCUUCUUUGUGGAAACAGCUCUGAUGCUGGAAAGUGCCCAGAAGGAUAUACCUGUAUGAAGGCUGGGAGGAACCCCAACUAUGGCUACACAAGCUAUGACUCCUUUGGCUGGGCGUUCCUGGCCCUCUUCCGCCUCAUGACGCAGGACUACUGGGAAAACCUCUUUCAGCUGACGUUGCGAGCAGCAGGGAAGACCUACAUGAUCUUCUUUGUGGUGGUGAUCUUCUUGGGUUCCUUCUACCUCAUCAACCUUAUUCUUGCUGUGGUGGCCAUGGCCUAUGACGAGCAGAAUGAAGCCACAAUAGCAGAGGCCAGGGAGAAGGAGGAGGAGUUUCAAAGGCUCCUGGAGCAACUGAAGCAACAGGAUCAGCAGAUACACUGUUCUGACAGCAAGUCAUCACUGUCCAGUAGAAAAGUAAAAAAGGGUGUGGGUGGAUCAGAACAUGAGUUAUCUGAUGACGAGCACAGCCUAGGAGAAGAUGGUGAUGUCAUAAAGGACUGCAACGGGAGAAUUGUGCCCCGACUCGUCAUCGACAAGGCCUCUUCAGGGGAGGAGUCUGCUGAUGAGGAGACGGAAGGCACUGAGGAGAAGUCCCAUGGAUCGAAGGCCAGCAUGGUAUUCCUGGAGGAGCCGGGCCUGAAGAAAAGAACUGCCAGUGCUAUGAGUGUCUUCACAACAGCCUUAGAAGACCUAGAGGAUGCUCAAAGGCCAUGCCCUCCAUGGUGGUACAAGUUUGCUGACAUUUUCUUGAAAUGGGACUGUUGUCCGCUGUGGAUCACCUUGAAGAAGUGGAUCCACUUUGUGGUGAUGGACCCAUUUGUGGACCUGGGCAUCACCAUAUGCAUCGUCCUCAACACCCUUUUUAUGGCUAUGGAACACUACCCAAUGAGCCCAGAGUUUGAUCACAUGCUGUCUGUGGGAAACCUGGUUUUCACAGGGAUUUUCACAGCAGAAAUGGUCUUCAAACUCGUUGCCAUGGACCCAUAUUACUACUUCCAGGUUGGAUGGAAUGUUUUUGACAGCAUCAUUGUCACUCUGAGUCUGGUAGAGCUGGGCCUGGCCAAUGUCCAGGGUCUGUCUGUCCUUCGGUCCUUCCGUUUGUUGCGUGUUUUCAAGCUGGCCAAGUCCUGGCCCACCCUAAACAUGCUGAUCAAGAUCAUCGGGAACUCUGUGGGAGCCCUGGGCAACCUUACGCUCGUGCUGGCCAUCAUCGUCUUCAUCUUCGCCGUGGUGGGCAUGCAGCUGUUCGGCAAGAGCUACAAGGACUGCGUCUGCAAGAUCUCAGGGGACUGUGAGCUGCCACGCUGGCACAUGAAUGACUUCUUCCACUCCUUUCUGAUUGUGUUCCGUAUCCUGUGUGGGGAGUGGAUCGAGACCAUGUGGGACUGCAUGGAGGUGGCUGGUGCUGGAAUGUGUGUCAUCGUAUUCAUGAUGGUCAUGGUCAUCGGAAACCUGGUGGUCCUCAACCUUUUCCUGGCCUUACUCCUGAGCUCAUUCAGUGGGGACAACCUGGCAGGGGGAGAUGAUGACGGGGAGAUGAACAACCUGCAGAUCGCCAUCGGCAGGAUCACCAGGGGCAUCGACUGGGUGAAAGCCCUGAUCGCCAGGCUUGUCAGGCAGAUGCUCGGCAAGAAGGCCAAGGAGGAGGAUGGUGACAGCGAUGACGGUGAUCAGACGAAAAAGGAGAGCUUGGCCAUGAACCACAUGGACUCAGGGGAGGACCCUAAGGCGGAUUUCAAAAUGGUGGAUGGUGUUGCCAACUGGGUAGACAAGGCCCAUCCUGGUAGGUUUGACGUUAAUGCCGACGUGACCCUCAACGUCCCUAUUGCUCAGGGGGAGUCUGAUUUUGAAAACCCGGAUGAAGAUGACUCCAGCUCAGAGGAUGAAGAUGAGAUCAACAGCAGAAAAAAGCUGCUUGGUGUGGUGGAUGAUGACUCGUCCGUGUGCAGCACGGUGGACUACCAGCCUCCAGAGCCAGAGAAGGAGGAAGAGGAGGAGGAAGAGCCUGAGCCGGAAGAGCCAGAGGCCUGUUUCACAGAUGACUGCAUCAGGCGUUUCCCAUGCUUGAUUGUGGACAUCACUCAGGGCAAAGGGAAGAUGUGGUGGAAUCUUAGGAGGACGUGCUUCACCAUCGUGGAGCAUGACUACUUUGAAACCUUCAUCAUCUUCAUGAUCCUGCUCAGCAGUGGAGCCCUGGCCUUUGAAGACAUAUACAUUGAACGCCGCAGAACUAUAAAAAUCAUCUUGGAAUAUGCAGACAAAGUGUUCACCUACAUUUUUAUUAUUGAAAUGCUCCUUAAGUGGGUGGCUUACGGAUUUAAGACCUACUUUACUAAUGCUUGGUGCUGGCUGGACUUCCUGAUUGUAGAUGUUUCCUUGAUCAGUCUUACAGCAAAUUUAAUGGGCUACUCUGAGCUGGGGCCCAUCAAAUCCCUGAGAACACUGAGGGCCUUGCGGCCCCUCAGAGCCCUGUCCAGAUUUGAAGGGAUGAGGGUGGUGGUGAAUGCACUGGUGGGGGCAAUCCCCUCCAUCUUCAAUGUAUUACUGGUGUGCCUCAUCUUCUGGCUCAUAUUUAGCAUCAUGGGGGUUAACCUUUUUGCGGGGAAAUUCUACCGCUGCAUCAACACCACCACUGAGGAGGUCUUCCCAAUCGAUGUGGUGAACAACAAGAGUGACUGCAUGGCCCUCAUGUACACCAAUGAGGUGCGGUGGGUCAAUGUCAAGGUCAACUAUGACAACGUGGGCUUGGGCUACCUAUCCCUGCUGCAAGUGGCAACAUUCAAAGGUUGGAUGGACAUCAUGUAUGCAGCUGUGGAUUCACGUGAGAUAGAAGAACAGCCCUCCUACGAGAUCAAUCUCUAUAUGUACCUAUACUUCGUCAUCUUCAUCAUCUUCGGGUCUUUCUUCACCCUCAACCUCUUCAUUGGUGUCAUCAUUGACAACUUCAAUCAGCAAAAGAAAAAGUUUGGAGGGAAGGACAUCUUCAUGACAGAGGAACAGAAGAAAUAUUACAAUGCCAUGAAGAAACUGGGCUCCAAGAAACCAGUGAAACCCAUUCCUAGACCAUCGAAUGAAAUCCAAGGCAAAGUGUUUGACUUCAUCACCCAACAGUUCUUUGAUAUCUUCAUCAUGGUGCUGAUCUGCCUCAACAUGGUCACCAUGAUGGUAGAGACAGAUGACCAAAGUGCAGAGAAGGAAAAUGUUCUCUAUCAAAUCAACUUGGUCUUCAUUGUGAUUUUCACAGGAGAGUGUAUCCUCAAGAUGUUCGCACUCAGAUAUUACUUUUUCACCAUUGGAUGGAAUAUUUUUGAUUUUGUUGUGGUCAUUCUCUCAGUUGUGGGUAUCAUGCUGUCAGACAUCAUAGAGAAGUAUUUUGUGUCACCCACCCUUUUCAGAGUCAUCAGACUGGCCAGAAUUGGACGUGUUCUGCGUCUCAUCAGGGGUGCAAAGGGUAUCCGGACAUUGCUGUUUGCUUUGAUGAUGUCACUUCCUGCCCUCUUCAACAUUGGCCUCCUCCUCUUUUUAAUCAUGUUCAUCUUCUCCAUCUUUGGCAUGUCCAACUUUGCCUAUGUCAAAAAACAGGCUGGAGUCGAUGACAUCUUCAAUUUUGAGACCUUUGGAAGCAGCAUUAUCUGUCUGUUUGAGAUCACCACGUCUGCGGGCUGGGAUGGUCUCCUGCUUCCUGUGCUGAAUAGUGGUCCUCCAGACUGCGAUCCUGAUGUGGAGAACCCAGGCUCUGAAGUAAGGGGGAACUGUGGGAAUCCGGGUAUGGGCAUCAUGUUUUUCUGCAGUUACAUCAUCAUGUCCUUCCUUGUGGUGGUGAAUAUGUACAUUGCCAUCAUCUUAGAGAACUUCAAUGUGGCCCAGGAGGAGAGCGGGGAUCUCCUCUGUGAGGAUGAUUUUGAGAUGUUCUACGAGACGUGGGAGAAGUUUGAUCCUGAAGCUACCCAGUUUCUGGAGUACAGCAAACUGUCAGAGUUCUGUGAUGCCUUGCUAGAUCCUCUGAGGAUUCCAAAACCCAACAGACUAAAACUGAUUUCCAUGGACUUUCCAAUGGUCCCUGGGGACAAAAUCCAUUGUAUGGAUGUCCUGCUUGCCCUCACAAUGGAGGUUUUGGGUGAUACAAUAGAGAUGGCUGCCAUGAAGGAGAGCAUGGAGGCAAAGUUCAUAAUGAAUAAUCCCUCAAAGGCAUCUUUUGAGCCCAUCAUCACCACAUUGAGGCGAAAGGAGGAGGAGAUGGCGGCCGUGGUCAUUCAGAGGGCCUAUCGCAGACACCUGCUGGAGAGGUCUAUCAAGCAGGCCUCUUUCAUGCAUCGCUCAAAGUCAGCUGUGAGGAAGGAGGAUGAGGAGCCACCAGAAACAGAGGGAUUGAUUGCCAGAAAGAUGAAUGCACUCUAUGGAAGCCAGGCAAUUGAGGAAGAACCCCCAUUUGCACAUGCUGAAUACCAAGUGGACCCUGAAGUAAUGUGGCCUCCCCUUGCCCCUGAUGGGCAUUUGGUGGUGGUCCCUGUAGAAGUCACGAGCGAGGUGGUCUUACGUUCAGCUCCAUCCCGUCAUCCUCCCUCAGCAGAGGGCAACAUCAGGGAGUCAAUCGUAUAACAAAAAGCAUCUGAGAGAAUGCACCAUCAUCUCCCCGUUGGAAGAUAAGGAGUCACAAACAUGAGCUGUUGAAGAGAGAGAUUGCUGAGUCUCAGCAGCACAGCUAACACCUUACACGGCACUAAUUUGAAGGGAUUGCACAUAAAUGACAGAACAUAUACUUUGAAGAGUAAUAAGUAGGUGAAUGAGGUUUGUAGACAGUCAGGACUGACUAAUUCUGGAAUGUGUGCUGUUUCAGCUUUUAUCAAAUGAUCAACUUCAGCCUGGACUGAUCUUUAAAAAUUGUCCCCAUUGCAAUUUUCUGUGCCUUGUAUGGGUUGAGUGCUUUUUAUUAGCACUUUAUUCAGGUUUGAAACCUCA